AUGGCUCCUGCCGCUACUGACACCAAGUGGUCGGUGCAAUUCGACACCCAGCGCCGGGAAAACCUUUUCAAGAACCCUCCCCAAGAUCAUACCGCCUACCCUACUCUUGCAGAGUCCAUUCGCCCUCAUAUCGACUCAUUCAAUGCUCUCUUUGAAGAUAGCAAGAUUCUGGAUGAAGGAUUGAAAGAUAUCGGUAUCAAGACAUUCCUCGAUGGAGAGAUUGAAACACCUGAGCAGAAGGCAGCUCGCUUGGAACAGGGCAUUCGCGCCCCCAAGCGCAACCGUCUCAAUGUUCGUGUGAAGGAGGUUUUCCUCGAUAAACCCGCUCUCCCGCCCACCAACAAGUUCAGCACCAAGAACCGUGAAAUCUACCCCUCCGAGUGCCGUGAGCGACACGCGACCUACCGUGGUAAGCUCCGUGCCCGUCUGCAGUACCAGGUCAACAAUGGCGACUGGGUUGAAUCCGUGCGCGAGCUCGGUCAGGUCCCCAUUAUGGUGCGCACCAACCGCUGUCACCUCGAAAAGGCCACCCCCGAAGAAUUGGUCCGCCACAAGGAAGAGUCGGAGGAGCUUGGUGGUUACUUUAUUGUGAAUGGUAACGAGAAGCUCAUUCGUAUGCUGGUUGUCGGCAAGCGUAACUUCCCCAUGUCUAUUAUUCGUGGCUCGUUCGUCAAGCGUGGCCAAACCUAUACCAAGUUCGGUGUGCAGAUUCGAUCCGUCCGUCCCGAUCAGACUUCUCAGACAAACGUCCUGCACUACCUCUCGGAUGGUAAUGUCACCUUCCGAUUCUCAUGGCGCAAGAACGAGUUCCUUGUUCCUGUCAUGAUGAUCCUCAAGGCGCUGGUCGAGACCAACGACCGCGAGAUUUUCGAGGGCAUUGUCGGUGCCGCCCACUCCAAGGGAAUGCAGAACACUUUCGUCACAGACCGUGUGGAGCUGUUGCUGCGAACCUACCAGUCCUAUGGUAAGCACAGCAAGUACGACUGCCGAGCUCACUUGGGCAAGUGCUUCCGCCCUGUCAUGGGCGUCUCCACAAACAUGCCUGAUGAGGAGGUUGGUACUGAGUUCUUGCGCAAGGUUGUCCUCCCCCACCUGGGCUGCUACAAUGUCACAGAAACCCAGGACUACGACAAGUUCAAGAUGAUCAUCUUCAUGAUCCGCAAACUGUAUGCGCUGGUUUCUGGAGACUGCGCUCCCGAUAACCCCGAUGCCGUCUCUAACCAGGAGAUCCUGCUUGGUGGUUCCUUGUACGGUAUGAUUCUGAAGGAGCGUAUUGAUGAGUGGCUCCGAUCAUUGGGUCCCCUCCUCCGAGACUGGACGGGCCGCAACGCUGGAAAAUUCACAGACGAUGUGUUUGAGCGCGAGUUCUUGGGCAAGGUUGUCAAGCGCUCUAACGAGAACAUUGGUCAUGCCCUUGAGUACUUCUUGUCAACCGGUAACCUUGUCAGUCCUACUGGUCUCGAUUUGCAGCAAACAUCUGGUUACACCGUCAUUGCAGAGAAGAUCAACUUCUACCGAUUCAUCAGUCAUUUCCGCAUGAUUCAUCGUGGUAGUUUCUUCGCCCAGCUGAAGACCACGACUGUCCGUAAAUUGCUGCCCGAGAGUUGGGGUUUCUUGUGCCCUGUUCACACUCCUGAUGGUUCGCCCUGUGGUCUGUUGAAUCACUUGGCGCAUAAGUGUCUGAUCGCCACUGACAACCUCGACGUCUCCGACUUGCCUCGUCUUCUUGUUCAGCUUGGUGUCAAGGCCCAAUCUUCUGUGUCGAUUGACGAAAGUGUUACCGUUCAGCUUGACGGCCGAAUCAUCGGUUUCUGUUCCCCCGAUCAAGCUCGCAAGAUCCACGAUACCCUGCGUUACUGGAAGGUCGCCGGUAAGAACAACGUGCCUCUCGGCCUGGAGAUCGGAUACGUACCCAACUCCAACGGUGGACAGUACCCCGGUAUCUACAUGUUCUCGCAGUCCGCAAGAAUGUACCGUCCUGUGAAGCACUUGGCUCUGGAUAAGAUGGAUUUCGUCGGUCCCUUCGAGCAGCCCUUCAUGGAGAUUGCCUGUGUGGAAUCCGAUCUCAUCGCCGGUCUCUCCACCCACAUCGAGUUCACACCCACCAACAUUCUCUCCAUUGUUGCCAACAUGACUCCCUUCUCCGACUACAACCAGUCUCCUCGUAACAUGUACCAGUGUCAAAUGAGUAAACAGACCAUGGGUACUCCUGGUACCUCCAUCGCAUACCGUACAGACAACAAGUUGUACCGUCUGCAGACUGGUCAAACACCUGUUGUCCGUUCUCCUCUGUACAACGCCUACGGUCUUGACAACUUCCCUAACGGCAUGAACGCCAUCGUUGCUAUCAUUUCUUACACCGGUUACGACAUGGACGACGCCAUGAUUAUCAACAAAUCAUCACACGAGCGUGGCUUUGGUCACGGAACGAUCUACAAGACCAAGGUGCACAGCUUGGCCGAGAAGGACCGUCGCAAGUCCCGUCGCGAGGUGACCAAGUUGUUCGGAUUUGCUCCUGGUGACGAGGUCCGCGCCGAGAUCCGCAACUUCAUCGACGACGAUGGUUUGCCCCAUGUUGGUAUCCGCGUGCAGGAGGGUGACAAGAUUGCUGCGUUCCACAAUGUGCGCUACGAUGCUGCGACUGACUCUUACGUGAACGUGGACGGUAUCACCCACUUCCUCAAGUACAAGGAUGCCGAAGCUGGUUACAUCGAGAGCAUCCGCGUUAUGGGAUCCGAGAACGGUAACGAGCCUAUCCAGUCGCUCAGCGUCAAGUACCGUAUUCCUCGUAAGCCCAUCAUUGGUGACAAGUUCUCCUCUCGUCACGGACAGAAGGGUGUUUGCUCCCAGCUGUGGCCUGCCAACGACAUGCCCUUCUCCGAGAGUGGCAUGCAGCCCGAUCUGAUUAUCAACCCUCACGCUUUCCCAUCUCGUAUGACCAUCGCCCAGAUGAUCGAAUCUAUGGCUGGUAAGGCCGGUUCCCUGCACGGUCACCCACAAGACUGCACACCAUUCCAGUUCUCAGAAGAGAACACCGCCACCGACUUCUUCGGCCACCAGCUCAAGAAGGCAGGUUACAACUACUACGGUAACGAGCCACUGUACAGUGGUAUCACAGGUCGCGAGUUCGCCGCCGAUAUCUACAUGGGUGUCGUCUACUACCAGCGUCUGCGUCACAUGGUUAACGACAAAUUCCAAGUGCGUACCACCGGACCUGUGAACGCGCUCACCGGUCAACCCGUGAAGGGUCGUGCCAAAGGAGGAGGUAUUCGUGUCGGAGAAAUGGAGCGUGAUUCGCUCAUUGCCCACGGUGCUGCAUUCCUGCUCCAGGACCGUCUGAUGAACUGUUCCGAUUCCCAACUCACCUGGAUCUGUCGCUGCUGUGGUUCGUUCCUGUCAACUCAAGUUGCUGUUUCCGGCUCUGGUGCUUCGCGCCGUGCUGCCAUUAACCCCGGUGCUGCUGCUGCGGCUGCGAAGGCCGCGCCUAACCAGCAGGCUCCUUCUGGAGCUGCCUCUGUUGGUGGUGCUGUUGGUGGUGUUAACGGUAUUGUCCGCUGUCGUCGCUGUGCUCGCCAGGCUUCGUUCAAUGAUUCUCGGGCGGAGGCUUGGGAGGAUGGUGAUGGAGUGCGAUAUGUUGGUGGUGAUGAUGUGACUGUCGUUGCUGUGCCUGGUGUUCUGAAGUUCCUUGAUGUCGAAUUGGCGGCUAUGGGUAUUCGUAUGAAGUUCAAGGUUGAGAACUAG